UUAGGUUGUUGAAUAGCAUUUUAAAAAAUGGAUCUAGUAUGUCAGAUAAAUUUGGAACGGUAGCGGUAUACUAUAGUAUUUUCGGUAUAAUACUAGAGAAGACUCGAGGCCAAAAAGACGGUAUCUAUAAUAAUAUUAUUGCUGGAACAAGCACGGGACUUUUAUAUAGAUCUACAAGUGGUCUUAGAAGUUGUGGCAUUGGUGGUCUGCUUGGCUUCAGCUUUACAACGAUUUACAGUUUUAUUUCAUCAAGGACUAAAAUUAUUGAGGAUAUAAGGGAAACUAUCAUCGAUUUCAAAAAUUGAUAACUAAAAACGUAUAUCACAGGUUUCCAAUGGCCCUCAAUCACAUCGAUGUCGUUCAACUACCUAUAAGAAAAUAUUAUAAUAUAUC